AUGUCUACACUGUCUUAUUCGCAACUUAUGCGCGUCCCUGAUGCUGAAACUGUAAACUCGAAUGGAGAAGGUCAUGCAGCAAUGGAGAUUGAACUGAACGAACACAAAAAGGUACUUGGUUUUGUCAAUUUCGUAUUCAAAUUUCAGUCAAGAAUGGAUCAGGUUGAUGCCCUCCCCUCCAAGGUUGUUCAUAUACGAAGAGUUCCUGCCGAUGCCUCCGAACAAGACUUGGCGAUGAUAGUUAUUCCUUUUGGUUAUCUUAAAAACAUGGUCCUGUCCAAGCGCAGCAGUCAAGCGCUAAUAGAAAUGGAAUUACUUGAAAAUGCUAUAGAUAUGAUCGCAUAUUAUCAGCAAUACCCUGCUAUUCUCCACGGUUGUCAACUUGUUCUACAGUUUUCGAAGCAUCCUCAUUUGGAGUUAAAGGCAGAAAACCCAUCUAUCAACCACGCUAUCCAGAGAGCAAAUUCUAUCGUUCAACAAGACCUCUCUGGCGCCAUUCAGGGGACACCAAACACUGUUCUUCGCAUCGUAAUAGAAAACAUCAUGGAACAGCAAAUAAAUCACAUAAUUAUCUAUAAAAAUGAUCAGUAUCAAGGUUUCAUCGAAUUUGAGAACCAUCUUCAAGCCUUUGUGGCAAUGCUGCAUUUAAACCGCCAAAACAUUUACACUGGCUGUUGCCUUCUUCUGGUCGAGUUUUCGAAAAACCGAGGGCCUUUGGAAAUCCGGCAGGAAAGUCAGAAAUGUCGCGACUACUUGCUUAACCCUCUAACUGAGGAGGAGCAAAUGAGUCUUCGCCGACUUCCUUGUGCUGGAAUGCCUAACAGUGUGUCGCAAGGAGCACAUGGUCAACACGCUCAGGGCCACGCGUUUGGUCCAGGCUCUGCCGUUGCCGCUGCGAUGACGCAGUUCGCAGGAGCCGCGGGUGGUCCAGCUAUGCUUCAUCCACACCAACAAGCACCUGCUGGUCUUCCACCAGCCUGGGUAGCUGCAGCUGCAAACAAUAAUGCUUGUCGGAUGACUGAAUUCACAACUCAACUAAUGGCACUUGCUCAACAGGCCGGUUUGCAGCUUUCUCCUGCCGCUGCCGCUGCUACCGCCAGCUUUAUGUCUCUUUCUGCACAGGGCGGUGCUGCCUAUCCCAGUGCAGCAAACGGGACGGCUAUCUCUCCAGCAAUGGCUUCCUUACUCGCUUUCUCAGCAGCUGCGAGUAGUGCUGCUGCCAAUCAGGGUCAGCCUAAUGGUGGUCGUGGUAGCGGUGGAAGUAACCAAUUUACGGGUGCUGGAUCAGUCUCACAAUCUGCCAACGCUCUUCAGAAGCUCACUGCUGCUCAAGCUGCUGCUGCCGCUGCCGCCCAGUCCUCAUCUUUGGCCCUUCGUCUACCCCCCAAUAACAAUGGAAGCACUGUUCUCAUUGUGUCCAACCUAAACGAAGAACGAGUAUAUCCGGACGCCUUAUUUACCUUGUUUGGUGUCUAUGGAGAUGUUGUGCGUGUGAAGAUAAUGUUUAACAAGAAGGACACCGCCCUCAUUCAGUUCAACGACUCCCAACAGGCUAUUUUGGCAAUGCAAUAUCUGGAUCGAAAGGUAUUAUGGGGUCAACAAAUGAAGAUAGCCAUCUCGCGCCAUAACUAUGUUCAAUUGCCAAAGGAAGAUAAGGAUAAUCACCUGACCAAAGACUACUCCAACAAUCUUCUUCACAGGUUUAGAAAACCCAACUCGAAAAAUUAUCAAAAUAUCUAUCCGCCAAGUCAUGUGCUCCAUUUGAGCAACAUCCCUCCCAAUGUUUCAGAGGAAGAUGUUCGAUCUCUUUUCCGUUCAAAGGGUUUCAAUGUGGUGGGAUUCCGUUUCAUGCAGUAA